AUGAGUGUUCAGUCAGUGUCCAGUGGGCACAGGGCUGUGCUAAAGCUGCCACCAGAAGCCCCGAAAAAGAGCUUGUUUCGGAUUUCUCCAACAGAGAUGUUAUUUCAGAACUUCGUCGCUCAUGAGGUCUCUGAAAUGGUACUGUCUAUCAUGAAUAAGGACAAGAUUCCUCGGAUGGUGAAGAUCUGCAUGGAGAGCUCGCCUUAUUUCCAGCUGGCAUGCCCCAGUGAUGUGUACCACAUCGUGCCACCAGGCGCCUCCGCCCGUGUGCGCAUCCGCUUCACCCCCGAGGAGACCAAGGAUUAUUCCCACGAGCUCGUCUGCCUCACUGCAAAGGAAAAGAUCGUUGUGCCAAUUCGGGCCAUUUGUGCCCGAGCUGUCCUGGUCUUCCCUGACCAGCUGGACUUCUCCACGUGUCCAGUCAAUCACAGCAACAAGAAGACUCUGCUGGUUCGCAAUGUCGGUAACCUGGAAGCUCAUUACCAGCUGAGCACCCAGAGUCCUUUCUCCGUGGUUCCAGCCACAGGAACUCUGGGCGCUGGUGACACCAUGGAGGUGACAGUGGGAUUUCACCCGCUGACAAACGGUGAACAUUCUGGGUUCCUGGCAGCGUGCUGCAACACAGGUUCAGACCCUCCCUGCAACCAGGGGCCUGGACAGCUGCGUCCUUCCUGGGGAGUUCUGUUUGAGCAGCAGUUGCCGCUGAUGCCAAGAGUGUUGUAUCUGGACAACUUAAUGAAGAAGAAAAAAGAGGAGGAGGGCUCUUGGGAUAAUCUCAGUGCCCUCCCGAGCAACAUAGCCCAGAACUUGAUAAAGAUGCCAGAAGACCCCUUGCUGUUCUCUGAUGACUUUUUUUUCAUUGAGCCAAUGGAGGGAGAAAUCGGGCCGAAUUGUUCGGCUGAAAUCAAGGUGACCUUCAGACCCCUGAGAGCUCCAGAGCAGAACAGCUUUAGUCAACAAGCACUAAGCCCCUCCAGGCCACUGGCCUCCAGGAUGGGUCCAUUUGACAUGGAUGCAUCAUCAGGUGGCCGUGAGAGCAGGCUGCCCCUUCACCUCAGAGGGGAAGGCCAAGGACCCUUGGUUGAACUCAGCUCUGAUAUGCUGAACCUUCAGAACAUCUUUGUCGACAUCUACUAUGUCCAUGAGGGGCACUGUGCUGAGCACUUGAUGGUGUGUUGGUUUGAAACCCACGGUGCCCUGACACCAGGUUUUCUGCCCUCAAGCCACGGCAGCCAGACCUUUGCAAUUCCUUUAACCAAGGCAUUUCCUCCUCUGUCCUUGCCAUCCAGGGGCUGUGUCACUCAACCGAAAUUACACUUCGACCUCCCUGAGCUCGACUUCGGGGACGUCUCCUUUGGCUUUUCCUACACCAAGAGCUGUCGCCUCAUUAACAACUCCAUGGCACCCGUGACGUUCAAUCUCCGCAUGUCGGACGAUGGCACGCAGCCGGCUGUUAGCAGCUUUGAUCAGAUACGCAGCGACAGCUUUCCCUUCACCCAGAGCUGUCGCCUCAUUAACAAAUCCGUGGCGCCCGUGACAUUCAAGCUCCGCAUGUCGGACGAUGGCACGCAGCCGGCUGUUAGCAGCUUUGAUCAGAUACGCAGCGACAGUGACCCAUCCUGGAGGAAUGGAAUUCAUUUUUAUAUGGAGCCAAGGGAGUUUACAAUGAAUCCCAGCCAAGGGACCAUCCUCCCCCAGGGACACCAGGAUAUCGAGGUGACCCUGUGUUCCAACACCAUGACGACUUUCUACCGGAAAAUGCUGGUGGACCUGGAGGGUGUUGCUCAGCUGACAAACCCAACUGCUUUGUUAUUGAACCCAGAGAAGGAGAGAUACCCGCUAGGGACUGAAAAACCCCACUGCUUUGUUAUUGAACCCAGAGAAGGAGUGAUCCCUGCUAGGAGUGAGCUUCCUGUGACUAUCACAGCAACCCUGGAUGACACUGGUCUUUUUGAUGACUCUGUCCAGCUGUUCAUUGGGAGCAGCCUUUGGACCACCUUCUUUCUCAAGGCCUUGAGCAUUGGCACCACAAUUGUCAUAGACAAACCAUUGACCCCAGAGAUCAACUUGGGAUACCAAUUCAGCCUCCUUCCCUGUAUUCGUCGGUUCAGAGUAACAAACCGGGGCUGCCGUUUCCAUCGGCUCUCCUGGAGAGCGGAAUGCUACAGCCCACCUGAGGAGGAGAAGGGCCAGAGUGUCUCAGCCCUCAGUAGCCCCAAGGAUGAUUCCCAGAGCCCCAAACGUGCCAACCCCACGUUUGGGGUGGAGCCAUGGUCAAUGGAGCUGAAGCCAGGCCAGUCUGCAGACAUGGUGCUGCGAGGCUUCUCCCACAUCGCACAGGAGGUGCAGGAUUAUGUGUUCUGUGAAGCUAUGAUUGGGUUAGAUGCCAAACCUAAGAAGAUAAUAGAAACAAUCGUUACCUGCAAGUUUAUUCACCCCUCUAUAGAAGUGUCAGCCAGACAACUCUCUUUCCGGGUGGAGAAGAAACCCAGUGAUGUCCUGAGGCUGCAGUACCAGCCUUUGUCUUUAAAAAACACCUGCCUGCUGCCACUGGACCUUAUGCUGGACUUGGAGCAGCCGUUCCUGGUCUGUGAUGAGGACCAGCAGCCCCUCCCAAAUGGCCAGCCUGUGAGAUUGGAUGUAGGGGAGACCUGUCAUCUCUACAUCUCAUUUGACCCAUCUUUUGGACUGGAUUUGAAGAGCUGGAAAAAAGAGAAGGUUCUGAAGAUAGACAUGGUCAGGGGCCAUCCUUUUGUGGAGCGUAUCACCCUUCAGGGAGAAGUGCACUUCCCAAAUCUCCAAAUCCAGCCCAGCACCCUGGAGUUUGGCUGCAUCGUGCCUGGCACUGAAAAAGUGCGCUCUCUGAAGAUGACCAACUGCAGCCCACUUCCCGUCCAGUACCACUGGUCAUUCCAUUCAGACAGCCAGGUGAACACGUUGAGGCUUGAAGGAAUUGAGGUGCUCCAUGGACUUCCCACACACUCCCCUCGAAGUGGAGAAGAUGAGAACCUGUGUUCUCAGCCUGUCUGUCCCCUGAGCCAUCCCCCAUCAAACACUCUGAUGCAUUCCCUCCCUCUUCUCCCGUCCCUGCAGGGCUCCAUUGCACCUGGCAAGAAGCAAGUGCUGAAAUUCUCUUACAUGCCGGGAUUACCAGGAGACUUCAGCAGGACUUACCAGCUUAAAGUGGAUGACCUGGACCCGGAAAAUAUCUGCCUGAAAGGAGAAGCUUCCUUUCCCAUGAUCAGUGUCAACCUGCCCUGGAACAUCAAAGGGAAUGAAAAAUAUGAGAAGACACUGAAACAGCUCGUAAGACCCCUGCAACAAUACAGUCAGAGCAAUAAAUCAGUUGUUUCUAAGAAGACUCAGAGCCUGAAGACUGAGACCUUGAAGUCUCAGAACCGGAAAACUCAGACCACUAAGAGUCAGACCUUGGAGACUCAGAAUCUGAAGACUCAGAGCCUGGAUCCCUGCGUGCUUGACUCUGGCAUUGUAUCAAACACCCAGCUGCAGAUAAAGAUGAUGAGGAUGUUGGUAGAGAAAGCUGCUCUGGAGCUGGAGGAAAAGCUCACAUCCCAUCCCCCGAAGAGCAGGUUCCCUGACAAGGAGCUGUGCCAGAGUCUUGUCAAAGUUGAGCUGCCCCAGUAUGUCCUGGACAUGGGCCCUGUCCUUAAGGGUUACACUGAGACACGCACUCUGAAGAUCACCAACCCUGGGCAGAUCCAUGUGUCCUUCCAGGUCAAUGUAUCUGUCCUGCAGGACACAGGUUUCAGCGUGAACCUGCACCAGACGAAUGGCCUGCCCCCCAACCACAGCAUGGUGUUUGACGUGCGAUUUGAAAGUGCCCACAGGCCACAGGGUGACGUGGAAGUGGUGCUGCCCAUCGAGGUGACAGAAGGCCCCAUAUAUAACAUCCGUCUCCGUGCCACUGUAUUGGAACGGUCACUCAACCUCUCCAAGAACAGAUUGCAGUUCUCUGACAUCCUCAUUGGGCAGAGCAAGGUUGAGACCAUCCGACUCUACAACCGGUUCCAAGUACCCUGCAAAUGGUUCAUUACUGCCAGCAAGCCUGUUCUGAAGGUAAAGCACAGGCCCCUCCAGGCUUUCAGUAUCGUGCCACUGUCAGGAGUGCUGCAGCCAGGAGAGAGCCAGCAGGUCUCCUUCACCUUCUCUGGCCACCUCAACACCAUCUCCAAUGUCACGGUGCUGUGCCACGUGGAGGGAGGCCCCACCUACGAGGUGGUGGUGACCGGGGAUGCCUCACGUGUCAGCUACUCCCUGAGGCCCCAGGAGAUCAGCUGUGGCUCUCAGAUCCUGCGGAUGGCAGUGGGGUCUGAGUACCAAAAGAGUUUUUUGAUGCCUCCCCGUGCCGUGGGUGAGACGCUGCCCCCAGAGGUGCUGGAGGACUAUGAAGCACAGAAGAGGCCAGAGGCUCAACAGGCAAAGCUCAAGGCCGUGGCAGAAGCCAAGGCCAGGGCUGAGGCUGAGGCCAAGGCCAAGGCCAUGGGCAAGGCAGCAGCAGCAUACAGGACUGUCACAUUCUGUCCUGAGUCCUUGGUGAAAAUGACUGGGAAUCCUAUCUCUCGGGCUGUCAUGCGUCACCUGGGCAUUGACCCAUCUUCAGGGAGGUGUGAAGCGCAGCAGCACAGAGGGAUUGUUGUCAUUGUCCAUGGGCCACCCCAGGCAGGAAAGACAGAGAUAGCAGCAGGCCUGUGUCAGUAUUACGACGCUGCUUACGUGUGCAUUGACACCGUGGUGGAAGAGGCCAUGGCCAACGACCAGAGCCCAGCAGGGCUCUGUGCCCGGGAGCUCUGCACCAAGGCUGCCAUGGAGCUGAAAGACAAAGACGAAGGUGAUGCUGAGCUGCAGUGGGAGAGAGCUGUGCACAGGAUUGCAGAACGUGUCUUGCGAGUAGAUGAGGAAGAGUAUAAUGCCCUCCCUAAAGAGAAGAAAGCACGAGUGGAUAAAAUAAUACAGGAAAAGAAGCUCAUAAAAACUAAGCCUCCAGAGAAGGAAACCGAAGCCCCAGAGAAUAAGGAAACCAGACCCCCAGAAAAUAAGGAAACAAAGACCCCAGAGAAGAAGGAAACCCAAGGCCCAGAGAGGAAGGAAACCCAAGCCUCAGAGAGGAAGGAAACCCAAGCCCCAGAGAGGAAGGAAACCCAAGCUCCAGAGAAGAAGGAAACCAAAAUCCCAGAAAAGAAGGAAACCAAAGCCCCAGAGAGGAAGGAAACCAAACCCUCAGAGAAGAAGGAAACCAAAAUCCCAGAGAAGUGGAAAUACAAAGCCCCAAAGAUGUGCAAAAUCAUAAUCCCAAAGAAGGGGGAAGCCAAAGCCCCAAAAGAGGGGGCACCCAAAACCCCAAAGAAAGGGGAAGCCAAAGCCUCAAAGAAGGGGGAAGCCAAAGCCCCAAAGAAGGGGGAAACGAAAAUCCCAGAGGACGCAGCUGAGAUGGAGAAUAACUUGAUCCUCCACUGGUUCUCAGUGUUCACAGUUUCCACUGCUCCUGCACCGCAGCAGCUGAACAUCAUCAGCAGACGUGGGAAAGAGCUGAACUGCUUGAGCUGUGUGCUGCCUGAGGACCUGCUGGUGGACAUCCUCAGUGAGAGGCUGAAGGUGUGUGGGGUUGGGGAAAAGGAGACAUUCUUGCUCCGGAGAGACAGAAGGGAGCUGAAGUGGCUGGCUCAAAAGCUUGAGGAGGAGGCAAAGGCCUUACAGGAAGAAGGGAGGCAGAAGGAGGAAGAGAUGCAGAAGAAGGAAAAGAAGGGUGUCUCUGUGGGGAAUCAACCUCCAAAACCAGAGAAGGGGAAAACCAAGGCCCCAGAGAAGGAGGAAAUCAAACCCCCAGAGAAUAAAACCAAGCCUCCAGAGAAGAAGGAAACCGAAUCACCAGAGGGGAAGGAACCCAAAGCCCCAGAGAAGAGGGGAACCAAAUGCUCAGAGAAGUGGGAAACCAAAGCUGCAGAGAUGGAGGAAACUGAAAUCGCAGAGGACCCAGCUGAGAUGGAGAAUAACUUGAUCCUGAGGUUUCAGAUCUAUGAGUCAUCGCAGCAGAACAUUGCACAGGUUUUCUCCUCCUGGGACAGGGUUCAGGGUACCAUGCAGUUACCUGUGAGCCAAAAGGGAAACAAGUCCCAGCCUGCAGCUGGAAAUAAAGGUCAGAAGACCAAUAAGCCUCAGGAGAAGGUGGAGAAGAAGCCAGAACAAAAAAGUGGAGACCAAAGGAGUCUUCAGUCAUCUCAGCUGGAGACGCAAAGUGAAGUUGCAGAGGAGGCAGUCAGAGACGAGCAUGUUGGGGUGCCGUGCCUGGACAUCCAGGUCUCAGAUCCGAAGGCCAUGAUCGGGGAGAUCCUGAGGGAAGGGAAGCUGCCAACAGAAGAUGAGAUGCUGAAACAUCUGGGACUGCAUCCCGACGGCCCUCCCCUUCCCCCCGCUGGUGUGCUCUCCAUAGUUGAGUACCCAGAGGAGAGGUUGAGCUCUGCAGAGCGUGUGGAGCCCUUCACCAUUGUGGCACCUGAAGGUGCUGCUGUGGAAGACAAUCUGGCCAAGGCCCCACAUGCAAAGGGCAGUUCUGCCAAGGGCCAACCAAAGACAGGUAAAGCAGCCAGCAGAGACAGCUCUGCAAAGGAGAAGCACAGCUCCGCACAGAGAACAGAAAGUCCCUGGGAUUCCUCUGCCACAAGAUCCAAAAGUUCACUGGAAAGUGCCUCAACCCCUACAGAAUUCCUCAGGCUGAAACGGUACCGGUGGAUAGUGCCUGCCCACGGUCAGGUGGAACUGAAGGUGCACUUCUCCACCAAAAAGCCGGGGAAGUUUGAGCAGACACUGAGGUUUGAGCUCAUGCAGUCAAAGCGCCAGUACGAGCUGCCCUGCCGUGGCACCGGCCUGUACCCCAGCAUCUGCCAGAACCCACGGGUGGUGUUUCCACAGUGGAGGGAAACCAUGGAGGAAGAUGAAAUCAUCCUUAAGGAAUAUGUUGAGAGCACAAAGCAAUUCCACUUUGGACCGCUGCUGUGUGGGAAAUCAAGAGAGUGGUAUGUGCUCCCUAACUGUCCCAACAACUCAGAGAAUAUCACCAUCCUCAACAACUCCCCGACAGAUGUAGAGGUCAAGUUCUCCUUUGAGAAUGACGGGGAGACAUUCCUUUUGGACCCUCCCAGCAUGACACUGAAACCAAAGGAGAAGCAGGAGCUGACCAUUUGGGCAUACCCCACUUCCCCUGGCUUCCUGGAAGACAAGCUCAUCUGCAGCAUUGGGAAGAACCCGGACCCAGUGGUCUUCAGCCUGUGCUGCUAUGGGGUGCACGUGAAGCUGGAGGUCAGCCCCCGGCAGCUGUAUUUUGACAAGCUGCUUCUGCACAGGACUGACAGCAGGACCUUAGUCCUGAGAAACAAUGGCCUGCUGCCCAUGGCCUGGCAGCUCAAUGGGCUGGAUGACCUUGUUGAGGACUUCUCCUUGUCACAAGAUAAUGGCAUCAUUGAUCCCCACUCAGAGUUUGAAGUGACACUGUAUUUCAAGGCUGAGCAGAUUGGCAGCAUUGCGAAGACCCUCCGACUAGAGGUUUCAGAUACAGAAAACAUCCUGGGGAUUGUCCAGGCUGAAAACAUCAAAAUCUUUGCAGAGGUCUAUGAUGUUUGUCUGAGCAUCGACAUGCCUGAAGGUCCAGAUGGAAUCUUGGAAUUUGGAACCAUUAAUGUCCUGGAUAAUGUGAAGAAAGUCCUGAGUCUAAAGAACAAAGGGAGAUACAACAUUGAGUACAGUUUCACCCUGAAGGGUGCAGGUCCCAGGACGCGAGACGUGGCAUCCUACUUCACUGUUGCACCUCAGUCAGGCAUCCUGAUUGCCUCCCAGCCUGGUGUGAAUGUUGAGAUACUCUUCCACCCCACAAGUGAGAUGCUCCUCAAGAACAAGCCCAUCCUGUACUGCCAGGUGAUCCUCUGUGAAUCCCUGGCAUUCGUUAAGCUGUUUUAUGUGAGUGAUUGGAGCUGCUCUGUGAAAAUUAAACCCCAAACCCUGACCUUCACCAUCAGCGGGAAGGCGCACGAGCCGCAGCUGACAGUCGUGUGCCCGUGCGCUCGCAGCAAGAGGGGAACAGCCGUGCUGCGCUUCAAGAGGCUCCGGGUGGGGCGUUCCGAGGUGCUGCCCCUGGUCAUCCGGAACGACGGCAUCAUCCCUCUCAAGUUUAUGUUACGCCUGGAGCACGAGUACGGAGCGUUCUUCUUGAAAGGCAGAGCCUCCACACUCAAGGUAUUCCACACUGAAGAUGUGGAAGAGGACUCCGUUGGAAAUGAGAGCAAGCCCACAAAGCCUUUCUUCCUUCUGCAUUGUGGGCAAUCGACAGAGUUUGAUGUCAUUUUCAAACCCACCCUGGCUCAACGUCUGGAAGGGAAGAUUCGUCUGUUGGUGGGGGACAUCUACUCUAACAAGAUCCUAGUAGAGCUGGUGGGUGAAGGCCACAAGGACAAAUUCACCCUCCUUGGACUAGAGGAAGACUUCCUGGAGAGGAAUGCUAAGAGCAGUCUGAACAAAGACAUCAUUGAUGCUGUCAGAGUGAACCAUAUCCAGUUUGGGGACUGUCCUGUCAGGAAGCGCUGCCGCAGGACCUUCACCAUGGCCAACCGCACCCGUCACCAGUUCAUGCGCUUUGAGUGGGAAGCAGACGGCCCAUUCCAGUUGUCCCCCAAGGUGGGACACCUCCGUCCUCGCCGUUCCAAGGAGAUCACAGUGACCUUGAAAUCAGAUGUCCCAGCCACCUUCAGGAGGCACCUUGUGAAAUGUAAGGUGACCAAGAUCGACUUUGACCUGCCACCAAGGAAGGUUCCUGACUGGGACGACCAAAAGCUCAUUAUGUCAUGGUGGAGUACCCCCAGCAAAGACCCAGGAGACAAAUCCCCUAAAAUAGAGAGGGUGGUCAAGAUAGCCCCGGAACCGGUUCACACUGUGGUGGAGGACAGCAGCCAGGAGGUCGAGGUGUACCUCAGUGCUGUUGUUGGCUACCCCGAGUUGAAGUUGAACACAGUGGUGGUUCAGUUCAAGGAUACCUUGCCCUUCCACACAAGGACAGCCACUUUCAGCAUGCACAACACAGGGAAGGUAGCCUUGGAAUACUACUGGGAGGAACCUGCAGAUAAACCAGCGAAGAAGCCGUACUCAAUCACUCUGAUGCGUCGGUUCCUCUCCUAUGCAACUGUAAAGAAUCGCAGAAAGCUGCUGCAUCGUUACUGGCGGUACCUGGCCCGUCUUGCUAGGAGGCGUCCUAAAGUACGGCCGCGGGAGCGACGGCCUGAUAAGAAUGAGCUGUUUAUGCGGUGGUGGUGCCGGCUGAUAGGGCAGCAGCAGCAGGCUUCCGAGCAGCAGCACGAGCAGCCCGAGCAGCCCAAGAAGCCAGUCCGUUCCAAGAAGCGACGCCGCUCAGAGAAAAAGCACCUCUCGCUGAAGCACGUCACUUCCUCCAUGGAAGUCUUGCCAGAUUUCACCGAUGACCUGGCACUGUUCUCCAUCGACCCCUACCGUGGCACCCUUGCUCCUGGCCAGAAGCAGACCUUUCACGUGCGGUUCUCCCCGAAGUGCGCGGGGAAGUUUGAGACCACCAUGCUGUGCAGGAUUCCUAACCUGAGGCCAACUCAGAAGAAAGUGCGGGUGAUUUUGAAAGGCAGAGCCCGGGAGAAGAAGAAGAAGAAGAGGAGUUUUGGUAAACCGAAACGCUCUGUGUUACGGCGGAGAAAGGAGAGUGCACCUGCGUCUUGGGUCCCGAGACCCAAGAAGCAGGUGCACUGGAAACCAACAUCUACCUGA